GACUUUAAAUUGUCCUUGAAUGUAAGGAAAUCCUCAUUUCGAAUAUCUAUUGUUAUGUCUUUGAUAUUCGUUCUUCUCUAAUUUCAGUUUGUUUUAAAAAUGUAGGCAUACAACAAGAGAGUAAUAUACUAAUAUUGUAUAUAUUUUCGCGGUAUCUAUAUAUUAUCACAGCUUGUGAAUUACAAUUAUGAGUGGCGACAUGUCCGGACCUCUUGACCGACCAUUCAGGCCAAGUCUAGAAAAGAUUGACAUUGAAAAUCCUGAGCAUGAGAGGAAGACAAGGCUUGGGUCUCUCAAGAAGAAGGCAGUUAAUGCCUCUACCAAAUUUAGACAUUCUUUUACAAAAAGGGGUCGAAGGAAUAGCAGAGUUAUGUCUGUUGUUUUUGAGGAUGAGCGUGAUGCAGAGGAAAUAAAGGCAGUUGAUGCAUUCCGCCAAACACUUAUCUUGGAAGAAUUACUUCCCUCAAAACAUGAUGAUUAUCAUAAAUUGUUAAGAUUCUUGAAGGCCAGAAAAUUUGAGAUUGAAAAAUCAAAGCUGAUGUGGGCUGAUAUGAUCAAGUGGAGGAGUGACUUUGGUGCAGACACUAUCAUGGAGGAUUUCGAGUUCAAGGAAAAGGAAGAAGUCCUCAAGUACUAUCCACAAGGGCAUCACGGAGUAGACAAGGAGGGAAGACCAGUUUAUAUUGAAAGAAUUGGUCAAGUAGAUUCUAUUAAGCUCUUGCAAGUUACAACAAUGGAUCGCUAUCUCAAGUACCAUGUGCAGGAGUUCGAGAGGACACUCAAUGACAAGAUGCCUGCCUGCUCCAUUGCAGCCAAAAAACACAUUGACACAAGCACAACUAUUCUGGAUGUGCAAGGAGUGGGACUAAAGAACUUCAACAAAUCAGCAAGGGAACUCAUUCAAUGUCUCCAAAAUAUUGAUGGUAACAAUUAUCCUGAGAGCUUGUGUCGCAUGUAUAUCAUCAAUGCUGGUUCUGGAUUCAGGCUCUUAUGGAACUCUGUCAAGUCAUUCCUAGACCCCAAGACUACAGCAAAAAUUCAUGUUCUUGGUAACAAAUACCAAAGCAAGUUGCUUGAAGUAAUUGAUGCCAGUGAACUGCCAGAGUUUUUAGGUGGUACAUGCACUUGUGCUGACAAAGGAGGAUGCAUGCUUUCUGAUAAAGGUCCAUGGAAUGAUCCUGAUAUAAUGAAGAUGGUUCGCAAUGGUGAACAUAAAUGUUCAAACAAAAUUUUCAUCCCAACAAUUGAUGAGAAAACAAUCUCAGAAGAUGCAAAUGCUAAUCCUAAUGUUCAAAGGGAUUAUGUAGCUCAUACUCAACUCUCCCCUGUACAUGAGGAAGUUGACAUGAACAAAAACCACCCUAGUGCAUAUGAACCUCAAGACUAUAUGCCUAUAGUGGACAAGGCAGUUGAUGUAACUUGGACUAAAGCUAAAGGUAGAGAUUUCUUCCCUAUGCAUGAUGCUUCUAAGUCGCCCGAAGGAUUUAGCAACCAGCUAUUCACUGGAGUUAUGACAAUUGUGAUGGGCAUUGUGACAUUGGUCAAGAUGACCCGAAAUAUGCCAAGAAAGCUUGCUGAUGCAACCCUACAAGCUCAUGGUUACCAAUUGAAUGAACCUACCAUAUCUGCUAAUGAGCACUUCAGCAUGAUUAAGCGUAUGGAAGAACUCGAGGAGAAAGUCAUUACUCUUACCAACAAACCUGCCUCAUUACCUCCUGAGAAAGAGGAAAUGCUCAAUAAUGCCAUGAAACGCAUCGAUACUUUGGAGCAAGACCUUUUGGCUACUCAUAAGGCUCUUGAGCAAGCUCUGGUUCGUCAAGCAGAACUUCUAGCAUACGUGGAGAAGAAAAGGAAAAAGAAAAAAUUCUUGGGGCUAUUUUAAGUAUUUUAAUGGAAUGUGAGGAUGUAUACUUCUUAAGAUGGAGCUUUACAAGGAUAGUCAAUAGGGGACAUCCAAAGAUUAAAAAUAGGUUUGGCUCGAGGUAUCAUCUAGAGAAGAUGAUGCUGAUAAGGAAAUUAUGAAGUCUGCUCCUGUGAUUAUCUGAAAGACAAGAAGCAACCGGAAAAAUGAACAAGGGAUGUUGGAUUCACUAUAUUUUGGUGGAGCAUUGCAGUGAAAAAAUGCCACUAAUUGUAGAUGGUUUGAAUGGAUGGACUAAUAGGGGUCUAGACUCCAGAGAAGUUUGGCCCUUAGGCUGUAUAAGUUAAUGAGUUAGAUUACUCAUAUGGUCACUCAACUGAUAGUUAUUAUAUCAGAUAGUCACAUUCUUUGUUGAAGGAAAUUGGAAUCAAGAAGCAAGGUGACUUCUCUAGAGUGACCAUCUGAUAAAUCUAACACUAAGUUAAUGGAUUGAAGUUGCAUGCUGUAAAUAUCUCGUACAUUAUUAAUGCAAUUAAACUAGUUAUAGGUUACUCAUCUUUUCCAAAUCUCCAACUCAUGCUCCUUAUAGAAAAUUUCCUAUA